CACACUAUAACAAAAGCAGAAAGCAGAGCAGAGGAGGAGCCAACACGACACGCCAAACCAAAACCACACAGGACGUCAGGAGCUCCGCGUCCCCAAUUUCUUCUGCAAGAGCAGGCCCAAGAGGAGUUUGUUCCCGGAAUCUCUCGCUCGCGUGCGCGUGAUUUGAUUGAUCCCCAGCCACCCAGGUCUCUCCCCCUCUCCCUCCGGCGGUUGGUUCCUUCGAUCCCAAACCGUGAUCCAUUCGAUGGCGGCCACCGCCGGCGGCAACAAGAUCCGCAACGCCAAGCUGGUUCUUCUCGGGGAUGUGGGUGCCGGCAAGUCCAGUCUGGUUCUCCGGUUUGUGAAAGGCCAGUUCGUCGAAUUCCAGGAAUCGACCAUCGGGGCGGCUUUCUUCUCGCAGACCUUGGCAGUGAACGAUGAGACGGUGAAGUUUGAGAUAUGGGACACGGCAGGGCAGGAGAGGUAUCACAGCUUGGCUCCCAUGUAUUACCGGGGCGCUGCUGCUGCGAUAGUUGUCUACGACAUCACCAAUGCGGCCUCUUUCACACGUGCGAAGAAAUGGGUUCAAGAACUUCAAGCGCAAGGAAACCCAAAUACAAUAAUGGCUCUCGCUGGGAACAAGGCUGACUUGUUAGAGGCGAGGCAGGUGCCAGCAGAAGAAGCAAAGGCAUAUGCUCAAGAGAAUGGUCUCUUCUUCAUGGAAACAUCUGCUAAAACGGCGAUCAAUGUGAAUGAUGUGUUCUACGAGAUUGCAAAGAAAUUGCUGCAAGGGCAGCAGGUUCAGAACCCACAGGGCGGAAUGGUUCUCAACCAGAGACCACCUGAGAGGACGGUGAGCUCUUACUCCUGCUGCGCAUAAAGCACAACGUAGAGUGGUUCAAAUCUCCCAAUGGCCAGAGUUCCAAGGGGAGUAUGUAUGCAACGGAAAAUGCUGCCGAAUCUUGUGAAGUAGCUGCUAUAAUCUUGUGCCCUUUACUGCUUGUUCAUUGCCAUGUUCCUUGUAAAUGUGAAUAUCACGCGUCACUACAGCGCAUGAUCAUGCUUAUGUAUUUCUGGGACUAGUGGAAACAGAGUAAAACAAGGUUUAGACAGAUUCGUUUGAUUCAUU